GCAGACGAGACUGCAGAGAAAUUGGAAAAGCCAAAUGCACCUGGUGAAUUAGCAGAGGACACCAGUGGAAAAGCUAGUAAGAGUGAUGGUAGUACCGUUACCACUCUCCCUUCGACGGCAACACCUGCAGUGGACGAUGGCAACUUCUUGGAGAGCCUACUUCAGGGUCGCCUUGAUAAAGUGGACUGGCUUGGUUCGCUACUCGGUACCAAACACAUGCCAACUCCAGAAGAAGGUAACGCAAUUGCACAGAUCUUAAGCGGUGGUAUUUUCGGCCCCGCUAGCUAG